CUUCCGUAUCUUUUUCUCCUUUUCACUCCAUUCUUCUAACUCACGUUUCUUCUACUACAAACGCUUCUCCACCACGACCACCACCAUAUCCACUUUCGCCUCAACUUUUUCUAGCCCGAGGUAGGGUCCCACCGUCGAAUAGAAAUCUCGUCUUCCUCAAGUCUCUUUCUCAUAAAUACCUCCUCUUCUUCACCCAACGACCCCCUCCUCUUCUCCGCCUUUAACUUCCCUGUAAGAACUCACUCAAAACCACAUUAAACCAACCAACUAUUCCUCAUUUCUUCUUCUCUUUCAUUUUUUCUUCAAAACCCACAUUUUUUAUUCUCAAGAAAGAAAAAGAAAAGAGAAAAGGGAAACUGAGCUGCUUUUAAUUGAUCAUGAACAAUUUGCUUCUCUUUACUCUCUUCUUCCUAUUCCGAAACCUGAACCCUAUCCUUUCACUUUCCCCUGACGGUCUUUCUCUCCUCUCUUUAAAAUCAGCCGUCGACCUACCCGCCGGUCACAACUCACCUUUCGCCGACUGGAACGAAAACGACGCCACGCCCUGCCAUUGGUCCGGCAUUUCCUGCAUGAACAUUACAGGCUUCCCCGACCCACGUGUUGUCGGGAUCGCCGUUUCCGGUAAGAAUCUCAGGGGUUACAUUCCGUCAGAGCUUGGAACAUUAAUUUACCUCCGAAGGUUGAAUCUUCACAAUAAUAACUUUUACGGUUCCAUACCGGACCAGCUGUUCAACGCAACGUCGCUUCACAGCUUGUUUUUGUACGGUAACAAUCUUUCCGGUUCGCUGCCUCCAUUGAUUUGCAAUCUUCCGAUGUUACAAAACCUUGACCUCUCCAACAACUCGCUGUCGGGUUCUUUGCCUGAUAAUCUUAAGAAUUGCAAGCAGUUACAGAGGUUGAUCCUAGCUCAAAACAAGUUCUCGGGUCAAAUUCCCGGCGGGAUUUGGCCGGAAAUGGAAAACUUAGUUCAGCUCGAUCUUUCCUCCAAUGAAUUCAACGGGUCGAUUCCCAGUACCAUCGGGGAGUUAAAUUCAUUGUCGACGACACUCAAUUUGUCUUACAAUCACUUGUCUGGUAAGCUCCCGAAAACCUUAGGUGACUUGGCGGUUACUGUCAGCUUUGAUCUCAGAAACAACAAUUUAAGCGGCGAAAUACCGGAAACUGGAUCGUUUGCUAACCAGGGACCAACGGCAUUUCUAAACAAUCCUCUUUUAUGUGGGUUUCCUCUUCAAAAACCCUGUACAAACUCCAACUUUAGUCUUUCAGGAACUCAAAGCUCGGGCCCUAAUAAUUUAAGCGAAACACAGAAAAAAGGAAUUGGCCCUGGACUAAUUUUGUUAAUCUCAGCAGCCGAUGCCGCUGGACUGGCUUUCUUAGGGUUGAUUAUAGCCUACAUUUACUGGAAAAAGAAAGAUUCGUCAAAUGGUUGUAGCUGCACUGGGAAACGCAAAUUUGGUGAAAGCGAUAGAAGGAAACUUCGUUCAUGUGCUUGUAUCAAUGGGUUUCAAAACGAAGAUUCGGAAAAUGAAGACCAUGAGAAAGGGGAGAGAUCGGCGAAGGGAGAAGGAGAGUUGGUGGCCAUUGAUAAAGGGUUCCGCAUUGAACUGGACGAGCUGCUUAGAGCGUCAGCUUAUGUGUUGGGAAAGAGUGGGCUUGGCAUAGUUUACAAGGUGGUCCUUGGAAAUGGGGUCCCCGUAGCUGUACGUCGAUUGGGUGAGGGUGGAUCAGAUCAGCAGAGGUGCAGGGAGUUUGCUGCUGAAGUUCAAGCCAUUGGGAAGGUUAAGCAUCCCAAUGUUGUGAAGUUGAGAGCUUAUUACUGGGCUCCUGAUGAAAAGCUUCUCAUUAGUGAUUUCAUCUCCAAUGGCAAUUUGACCAAUGCCAUGAAAGGCAGAAAUGGUCAGCCAUCAACAAACCUUUCAUGGUCAACAAGGCUGAAAAUCGCGAAGGGAUCCGCCCGUGGCCUGGCCUACCUUCACGAAUGCAGUCCCAGGAAAUUCGUUCACGGCAACGUCAAACCCUCCAACAUCCUCCUUGACCAUGAAUUCCAUCCCUACAUUUCCGAUUUUGGACUCAACAAACUCAUCACCAUCACCGGCAGCGAUCCCUCUUCGUCCGGUGGCUUCAUUGGCGGACUUCCUUACAAAUCGAUCCAAACCGAAAGAACCAACAACUACCAAGCGCCGGAGGCUCGAGUCAUCGGUGGUCGACCCACCCAAAAAUGGGAUGUCUAUUCGUUUGGAGUGGUCUUACUUGAACUACUCACCGGGAAGUCCCCUGAGCUAUCUCCGACCACAUCCACUUCCAUGGAAAUUCCAGACCUGGUGAGGUGGGUAAGGAAAGGAUUCGAAGAAGAAAACCCCUUGUCGGAUAUGGUGGAUCCGAUGUUAUUACAAGAAGUGCAUGCCAAGAAGGAAGUGUUAGCUGUUUUUCAUGUAGCGCUUGCAUGCACUGAAGCAGACCCUGAGAUUCGACCCAGGAUGAAAACUGUUUCCGAGAAUCUUGAAAGAAUUGGAACAUAAAUUAAUAACACACAUAUAUAAGCUUGUUUUGUCUUUUGUCUGUGAAAUAACAUGGUAUACUGAUUUUUGUUAGGGGUCGAAGAUUAACUAUAUUCAUUCCUCUAAAUGGUUUUCCAUAGGCCCAAAAUUUUCUUGAAAAUUCAACUGUCUCGGGAGAGCCAAUAGGAGACAAUGUGUCCUUUCUUGGCUACAAUUUUUUUUUUUUUUUGUAAUUUUAAAUUUCUGUUUAUCCCUGGGAUGUGAUUGUAAUAAUUUCUUUCUUUUCUAACAAUUCAAGGCCACAGUGCUAAGGCAUUAAUUCUAUCUGUGUAGGGUUAAAUGCACAUUUCAUGGGUUAAGUAAA